GGGGUAGCAAAUAUGCCCCGGACAAGCCACCCAGGUACAUGAGAGAACUGUAUCAGAUUUACCGCCAUGGGGCGGCCAAUGCCGAGUUGACGACUGGCAAUACGGUUCGGAGUAUACAUGCUGAUAUAGGAGACGUUAAUGAAGGCCAUAUGUUUUGUAUUCAACCUAUCUUCGGUGGGCCGUCAAGAGAAAAUCAUCAGCGCGGAAAUACAUAUAUACCGGAAGAAGGCCAAGAAGGCCAAAAAGAAGAAAGACCCGGAGAUGCUUGUAUAUGAAGUCGCUCCCCAGUACAUGACGCUCAGCAAGCAAGUAAGUUUGCACCAGUCCAGUCGGGGAUGGCACUCUGUUCAGGUGACCGAACCGGUCAGAAGCUGCCUUUCAGCCAGAAGGCUUCAGCCUCAUCUUUUGGCUCUGACUUUUGAGGGAGAGAACAACAAAGGUCGAGCAAGUCUCUUGUCUCUCAAGAGGUUUAUUAGUAGGCAUUCUUUGCCUUUCCUGAUUGUGUUUUCCAACGACACGGCUAAUAAUAUUACACUGGACCAUCUUGAUCCUCACUAUGGCAAGCCAAGCACACCCAGAAAGUCUUCUCCGCUCAAGAACAACCCAUCCUCCGUGCCAUUGCCUCAUCCAAAUUUCUUCCACGGUACCGACUUUACUCUGGAAGAGUUGGGGUUAUCAACUAAUGUGAAUCACAGGCUACCAGACACGCCGUUAAAAGAAGAAACUGACGAUUCCACGGUGGUUACGAACGAUACGGGCGAGCAGGAAGCAGCCGUGGAAAUUUUAGCGAUGAGUGAAGAUGGUGAUGACAAUGCCACAGAAGUUGUGCAGAGAGCAAAACGGUCUAUGGUGGAUAACAAAAUACCCGAAGAACCUUUUGACUUCAGUUCUUUAAACUUUAAUAUUCCCCAAACGCAUCCGAGUAUUCUUGUGUCACGGGAAGAAUCACGACAGCACCAGUCCUCCUCAAAGCUCAUCCCGUAUCCCGAGUCAUCACGGAAAGGUAGGCGAGGCAAGAAAAAUCGAAAUCGAAAGCGAAACCGAAAAAACCGUCGGCGCCGAAGAAAACACAACAAGCAGAGUUUGCCUCUUCCUCAUGAAUGGGAGGAGCAGGACAACAAGACCACAGUCAUAAAGGACGACACAUUGUGUAGUCGAAAAAAGCUGGUGGUAAAUUUCGCUGAUAUCGGCUGGGGAGAGUGGAUCAUCGCACCUGCUUCUUUUGAGGCGCAUUACUGUGCGGGUUCGUGUCCAUUCCCGCUAACAAAGAGUUUGCGGCCGUCCAACCAUGCUACCAUACAGAGCAUUAUUAAUGUGAUUGGCAUCAGACCGGAAGUCCCGGCCCCGUGUUGUGUUCCAGAGGUCAUGACCUCGGCGACAUUACUUUACUUCGAUGGAAAUAAAAACGUUGUACUGAAGAACUACCCUCACAUGAGUGUGCAGUCAUGCUCCUGUCGGUAAAUCUUGUUGCUGUGUUGUGUUUCGGUUAACUUCUUUCUCAGGGUUUUCAUUUUUGCCGCACACAGUACGAGGCUCACGAUUUGGUGGAAGUAGAAACUUGUUCAGAAUUUCGAAAGGCAAAGAAAAGAUAUGUGAUCACAUCACUGAUAGUCCUUGAAUGAGUACUUAAGAUUUUUUCCAUGUAAAUGACGACAGCUUAACGAUGUAUCGUCCUGGAAGGUGUAACAGGUGUGUUGCACCAAGGUGUUGUAUUAUCACGCUGACCGAUCAAAGACACAUCUCAACCUGACGCCAGGUGUCGAUAGGGUCCACACGCGGGAUACCUGUAUAGUUUCGUCUUAUCUUCAGGAAAUUUGGACGCUGCCAAAAUCUCCUGGUGUGCUGUACUGCACUAGUCAGCAACCUUGCCUCUUUUAUCACUUCAAAGAGGAUGGAACGAUUCGGCGUCAGUCAGUUUACUGAAAGCAGUUUCUAAAUAAGGAUGUGCUAUCAACUUAAAGGGUUGAUUGCCAAGCGGAGACGAAGCGGCUAGACGUUUAUAUUGCCGAACUGACUAGAAGGGCGAGAGGCAGACGACCGAAACCUCCCGGGGCGCAAACCAGGCUUCAUGUCAGACUUAGUAUGUUUAUUUGACUUUGAUCACGCGGCUUGAAAUAGCGUGAAGUAUUGCUUGGUGAUAGGACGGCAGUCACCUCAAGCUUCCGGUGCCGGAAAGGAAGCAAUCGGUCUGGCGUCAACUUCAGCUCACUGUUAUGUGCAGAAGGGAAACAAAUGACGGCGAAUGGCAAGUGCCGAUCUUGUAUGCUCUAUCAAUGUACUUGGCACGGACAGUUUCUGUCUUCUAUAUUCAACAUCUCUUACCAAGCAUAUACUGAGGUUAUGACUCGCACAUAUCAUGCUUCCUUCGGAAUGCUAUUAUUAUACUUAUCCAUGUGAGGAAGAUGACAAAACAAAUAUUAUAACAACAAAGAACUCUUUACACAGGUAUGGAUAACGGUUUUAACUUUAGAAUACAGAAUGCGAAUAUUAUUUGCUUUGUCCCGAAGAGAUGUUCACAACAAACUAUAUGUACAUGGAAUGGGAAGAUCAUUCCUAGCGCUUUGAACUUAAUAAUGUCUAGUUGGGUCUAUUCGUCAUGGAAAACUUUGUGUCAUGCGAAGAAUUCUUCCACGGGAGCUGGAUGUGGAAGGAAGAAACUAUGUAGGGAAUCACUAUUAUGUUUUAUGCGGCAGGUAUAUAUCGUUGAUCUUCAUGUCCUGCCUUUUAGAGCUUUUGUAGAUAAAGAAUUGCUUAUUUUACUCAAUCUUUUUGUAUUGCCUGAUAAUAAAAAUUACUGAUCCUACCAGUGAUUUCCAGAUAAGAAACUACAAAUACUGCAUCCACAACAUUUCACUUCUCUGUCAAAAAAAAUUUUCCUGACAUUUUUAAGGCUUUAUUCGCACUUAUCCCCUAGAAGUUUCACACAUAACGCCUAUGACCCAUUCCAAAUAACCGAUGUACACAACGGAUCGAAAGACACCUUACUUAAAACACAGUAUUUUCGUCAAAUUUUUGCAUGCAGCAUUUAUAAAACAUUUAUGAGUCUGUUGAGAUGUAAUCCAUAUCAGCUCCAGAGGGCAAUAUGAAAUGGACCUUUCAUUGGGAACGUUAAUACAUUGGGAGUGUGUAAAUGCCAAAGGUUUUUGUUCGAGUAUACAGGAUUAUUCGUCUGGGUAUUUCAGUAUUUAUAUAAGCUUUGAUCAGACGUUCUGCCUGUAUGUCACUAGAAUGUGGACAUAUACCAUCUUAUAAAUGUUGAAUGUAAUGAUAUGAAUUGAAACUAUAUUGCACACUACUGGAUUAUUAUCAGCAUGCUGAUGUUUUCGAUUCCGACUGUUUCGGUAUCUGACGUGGCUUUCUUAGAACUGAAGCGUUCAUCUGGUGCACCCACAAACCGCGUACUCAAAAAAGUAAUGAAAAAUUCUUUUGUAAAAAGUGGCAUCUGAUCCGAUACAGACAGAAAGAGAAAGGUGUACAAAUAUGUAAGUUGGUAGCCCAUGUAGUACGUCCUAUAAGCAAUUUGAGACUGACAAUGGUUAUGAGGAAAUCAACAUUAUCGAACAGGUAUGAUUGUUUGCUGGAAUCAGAAACGUUUUUCCGAAUCGCUUGCAUUUACGUAUAGCAUCAUACACGUCCAUGGGGGUUUGAGGCAGAUGGGGUUUGAUGGAAUUAAGGCUGAUGUAUGUGUUAUAAUUAUGUUGAUAGAUAUGAAUAGUUUGUGUAUCUUGGAAUCUUCUUGAUUGCGAUGAGCAAACAACAAAAUGAUUAUCCAGCAUUGUGGUAAAUACAUGUAUAAAAGUUCCCUCACACGGUACAGUCAACGGAUGCUGCAUGGUAUCGGAUGGAAGUUCAUAGAAGACUGUUGUUAGCUAGACUUCAUAUACGUUUAUUGAUUUGGUUCUGUUCAGUCAGUAACUCUGAUGUUUAUUGUAAAGCUGGUAUCGUCUUUCACUGAGUAGUGAAACCAACAGUCAAUGAUACUAACUGAGAAAUAAACACUUUACUUUAAUCUGCUUUUUAUUCGAAAAUAGACCGCUGUUAAGCAAUGCGACUUUGAACAAGUCAGCCAAAACCCCAUAUACAAAUAAAUCUCCGUAGGCUACUGAUGCAAAAGUGACUACAUUUGAAAAAGUAUUGUUUUCUGUAAUAAAAGUGAAUACCGGAUACAUGUUGGGAGUUCUUGACAUUGCUGUGAAGACAAGCGAGAUGUUAUGCCUACCUCAACGCGUGCCUAGAUGUAUAGGUAUAUCUCCUAUCUCCGAGAAUUAAUUUGAAUAUCAAGCCGUAUUUCGUGUGGCUUCUAUCACACUUUUGUCGUGAUUAUGUAUUAUUGGUUGUAUAUUAGAUUAUUGUAUAUUUUGUAUAUAUGGACUACCUCUGAGCUGACACGUAUAAGCACAAGUGGAUAUCGGGUACUUCACACUGGCUCGGGCGUGAUUUCGGAAACACUGCAACAACAUGGAAUGACGGAGUGAUGUAUAGUUGUUGAGUUGUGAAUA